UUGACAAUGCUGUUGUUUAUUUAAUAAAAUACUAAAUUACUUUAGUAUUUUUUUUACACUUUUAAAAAUAAGUUUUGGGCAAAUUUUAGUUUCUUGGACCCUAGUUCCUGACCGGAAUGAAAAUUCAUUAUUAUGGCCCUAUCAAUAAAUUUAAAAAGUUCAGUAAAAAAGCCUUCAGGGUGGUGUCAAUGUACCAGGUUACUUACCGAAAAGAAACCGAAAAAGGAGGAAUGUAAGCCACUGGAACAUAAAAGACUUGCCUACCCAUCAAGAGAUUUAUUAAAAAAUGCCAAAAGAAUUAUGGUGAAGUUUGGUAGUGCGGUCAUAAUCCAAGAAAAGUGGAACAAAAUCGCUAUGAGUCGAUUAGCUAAUCUUAUAGAACAGAUGGUGGAAUUGCAUGAGGAAGGCAAGGAAAUUUUAUUUAUUACUAGUGGUAGUGUGGCACAUGGUAGAUCAAAACUGGGAGAAAAAGUUAAAGUGCAGUCUGGUACAAAAAUUGAUAAAAAACCUGCAGCAGCUGUUGGGCAGCCCGGUCUCAUGUUCCUUUACAAAGCACUAUUUUCAAAAUUCGACAUUCAGUGUGCCCAAGUUUUAGUAACAGAAGCGGACAUUUAUCAAGAUAAUAACAGAAAAGUACUUAAAGAUGUCCUCAAUCAUUUGUUACAGUACAGAGUCAUUCCUAUUCUGAAUACCAAUGAUGCUGUUUUGCCUCAACCUGAGAUUCCUUGCCCUACUUUAUGUGAAGGCAUCGCCCUUAGAGAUAACGAUUCACUGGCAGCAAUAUUAUCUACAGAAAUCGGUUGUGAUCUCUUAAUGAUUUUAUCGACGAUUGAUGGCGUUUUUACAAAGGAUCCAGAAGAUCCACAGGCAAGGAUUAUUCAUAAUUUUUCCAAGGAUAUGAUUAAGAAUGUCGAGUUUGGAAAAGCUAGUAAUGUUGGACUAGGUGGUAUGCAAAGUAAAAUAGCUUCUUCUCUAUGGGCAGUAGAUCAUGGAACAUCUGUGGUUGUAGCAAACGGACUUAAAGCAGAUACACUAAAAGCAGUAUUAAGUGGAAAGAAAAUUGGAACCUUUUUUAGACAACCUAAUCUUUGUGAUGAGGAUAAUACUGAAAUAAUUGCUGCCAGUGCAAGAUUGGGUGGUCGUGCCCUAAGUCUGCUCACAGGAGAAGAACGUGCAGCAUGCAUUAACCACUUUGCGGAACUCCUAGAUAAACGAGUCCCAGAUAUAAUGGCCGCCAACAAAAAAGAUCUAGAAGACGCUAAGAAAAUCGGACUUUCCAACGUACUUAUCGGUAGACUGACCAUAACUCCACCCAAAAUAAAAGCGUUAUCAGUAGGAUUAAGACAAAUAGCUGAUAAUUCCAAGACGAUAGUGGGAAAAGUUGUUAGGAGAACUUUAUUAGCAGAGGGUUUGGAGUUAACACAGAUUACAGUACCAAUAGGGGUAAUCUUGGUUAUUUUCGAAGCCAGACCGGAUGUUCUUCCUCAGAUCGCAGCGUUAGCCAUUGCUUCCGGUAAUGGUUUGGUGUUGAAAGGAGGCGACGAGGCUGUUGCUUCCAAUUUUGUUAUGAAGAGUAUUGUAGAUGAGGCCUUGAAGUCAAUAAAGUGCGAUGGAGCUAUUGGAUUGGUGAGCACAAAAGAAGAAAUUGCUGAUUUAAUCAAUUUGGACCAAUAUAUUGAUUUAAUCAUUCCAAGGGGUGGUUACAAACUAAUAAGGUUUAUUCAAAAUAAUGCCAAAAGGAUACCUGUUAUGGGCCAUUCUGAAGGAAUCUGUCAUAUUUACGUGGAUAAAGAUGCAUGUCUAGAAAAAUGCAUAAAGAUCUUAAUAGAUGCAAAAACUGACUAUCCAACUGCUUGCAACGCCGUAGAAACUCUCCUUUUGCAUAAGGAUCUGAUGGAAGGAGACUUUUUUGCAGAACUGUGUUGCAAUUUGAAGAACGCUGGUGUAAAAAUUAAUUCAGGUCCCAACCUCUCAAAUUUUCUCCAGUUUGGACCACCACUGGCUGCCACAAUGAAAAAGGAGUAUGGUGCCCUAGAAAUGUGCAUUGAAGUCGUUUCGUCUGUAGAAGAAGCCAUUAGUCAUAUUCACAAGUAUGGUAGUGGACAUACCGAAUCAAUUAUAACUGAAAACAAAGAAAUAGCAGAAGUCUUCUUAAAGUCCGUUGAUUCGGCUUGCGUGUUUCACAAUACAAGUACCAGGAUGUCUGAUGGAUUUAGAUUUGGUCUAGGUGCUGAGGUAGGAAUAAGUACAGCCAGAAUUCAUGCCAGAGGUCCAGUCGGUAUAGAAGGGCUUUUGACCACAAAGUGGGUGCUGCGCAGCCAAUGUGCGCACACGGCCAGUGAGUUUAAUGAACAGGACGGCCCUAAGUGGAUUCACAAGUCAUUACCUUUGGAUAACAAAAAGUCUUGCUAAAAAAUAAUGAACCAUUGAAUUAUAGUCUGUAUAUGUCAAGUCUUUUUUUGAGUUGUAAUAAUGAAAAUAUAAAAAUA